GAAGAGGUUAACAUGGAUGCAAAUCUAAGAUAAUGUUCUGACUAUUACGUCCUUAACUUCCUCAGUAAUGCACUGUUGUGCGCUUACAAUGUAUAUCUAUGUCUUUUUGCUUUGUUAUAAACACUGAGGUACGAAUCAAAAGGAUUGCAGUUUUUCAUAUCCGAUAAGUUUUUAGUUGCAGUUUUAAGUGAUAAGAAGUUUAGCUUGUAAAAGGCUGAUUAUAGUAUUUGUUCUAUAGUGAAAAUGUUCAUACAACCCUUUUAUAUAAUAGUAUGAUCAAGAGAAGUUGGUUCAGACUACAUCUUUAAAUGUCAUUAAACAACAUUAAUGUAUAUCAGAACCAAAUGCAGGCGUAUUAAAAUUGCGAACUUGUACAACUGUGUCAGAUUAUUUUAAAUUCUAAAAAAUACUAGUGUUUUUGAACCAUACUAUAGUAAAGUGUAUUAUACUGUAUAUAUUAUAGUAUUUACAACACUUUAUUAAUGAAUGUUACAGCAUACUGUAGUAUUAACUAUGGUGAACUGAUAAAUACUGAAGUAUACUUUAGUUUUUACUACAGUAAACUGUAGUGUGUUGUAGAAUGUACCCAAUAGUUGUAGAAAACUUGGUACAGUAUUGGGUAAAGUAAUUUGUUUAUAUUACUAUACUUGUUACAUUAACACAGCAACUAUAGAAUUACCACAGCAAAUUAAUUCAAGUACUGUACGUACAGUAUGGCUCAAAAACUAGUAUUUACUAUAAAUUACUAUAGUAUUUUUUCAUGUAUGAUUAGGGGGGAGUACGGUACGGUAUGCUAUUUAAAUGAUCAUCUAGGCAAAGAGAUAUUAGAAUAUUAAGAGAAUAUGUAGAGUUUGUUCACUUUCUCCACAACUUAUGUAAUAAAAAAGCGAAUUCAGAACGAUUAAUGUAAAUUUGAAUGACGUACACGUAACGUAAAUUUUUGCGCCCACUUCCGUCUUUCUCUUUCCAUUCCGAGUAAAUUGCAUCACCGUCAUGGAAUUCCACUGAAUUACCGCUAUUAAUUACAGAGCAGAUGCUCCAUUCAUUCAGAAGAACAGCUCUCUUGAGAGUCAUUUUGGAGCACAAUGUCCGGCCUGUUCCACACUAUCAGUCAGAUCACUGAUGAGCUCAGCACAGAUGAAUGCAAGCGGAUCUCUUACCUGUGUGGUGCUCUUGAUAUGGACAAGUUCUCUACAGAUCCCAGAGGCAUGUUACAAUCUGUGAUGUGCCAAAUGAGGAUGGAUUACAUGUUUCUCAUGGAGCUCAUUCUGAAAAUAAAACGCUAUGAUCUGCUGAGAGAAGUGCUGAGCACCAACAAGAGCACAGUUGAGGGACUGCUAAAAAAUGGCCAUUCUGUAUCAGAAUACAGAGUGCUGAUGGCUGAUGUUAGUGAGGACAUGGACACAGAAGACCUGAAGUCAUUGGCAUUCUUACUCGGAGGCACUUUACCAAAACACAAACUGGAAAAUGUCCAGAGUUUUUUAGACAUUGUAGUAGAGUUAGAGAAACUCGACCAGCUCUCCAGUGAGAAGAUGGACUUGAUUGAACACUGCCUGAGGUCCAUCCAUAGGGCCGAUCUAGCUAAAAAGAUCAGUCACUACCGGCAGACAGUGCUAAUGACCAAACAAGGACCUUCACCUCCAGACAGACUGAAGUUCUGCAGAAUACAACUGCCGAAUAGCGCAUUCAGUGUCUCAGCAGCUUCCCGUAAUGUCAGGCCGGUUUUUCAAUUCUGUGAUAAACCGGCUGCAGUGAAGAAGGAACUACCUGGAACUAGCUUUUAUUGUCAGAAGCAGGAGGAAGUGUACAGUAUGCAGAGUGAUCCCAGAGGAUUAUGUUUAAUCAUAGACUGUGUCGGCACUGAAGGAGAUGAGCUGGAGCAAGCAUUUAAGGCCUUACACUUCCAUGUGAUCACGCACAAGCUGCUGAGUGUGAGAGACAUGCAGUCCACUCUGAGGGAAGUGGCUCAUCAGCAGGGUCACUAUAGAGCGUCUGCUUUUGUCUGCUGCAUUAUCAGCCGAAGCCGAUCUUCGAAUCUGCUGGCCACCGACUCUCACGGUCCAGGACUGAACCUGGACACUGUCAGACGCCUCUUCACCUCAGACUCCUGCCCGGGCCUGGCAGGCAAGCCUAAACUCUUCUUUAUCCAGAGCUAUGAUGUGUCCGAGCCUCAGAGGUGUGCCGGGUGUAUGGGGUGUGAAGAUGACGAGGGUGGAGAGCUGGAGACAGAUGGACCUGUGCUCUUAUGCUGCAAGAGGACUGUCCCUGUGGAUGCGGACAUCUUCUGGAGUCACUGCUGGACUCAAGAAAAACAGCUGGAGGUGCCAAACCAUCAGUCUGUGUACCUGAAAGCCUUGAGAUCCUCCUUAACUGAGGGACAGAAAAGGAGGACUCAUUUGGUAGACUUGCACAUGGCGGUGAAUCGUGCAGUAUAUGAACACAAUCACAAAUCUCCAGAAUCCUCUUACUUUUUAAAUCUUAGACACACUCUCAGGAGGACAGUCUAUUUGUCUUGAUUUUGUCACGAACCCUUACGUUUAAGUGAAGGUAGAUGAUUAUUCAAGAGCAUCUGAUGUUUGAGUAGAUGAUCAUCAUAAUGAUGUGGAUAUGAAUUGUAUCAAUUAUGAUUUGCAAUGUUUCCAUAAAUAAAUCUCAGCAUUUGUUAUUGUAGUUUCCUAUAUUGUCCACAUGUUGGCAGUGUCAUCCAGUGUUGGCAGUGAACUUCACCACCACGUGUUCAAUUUGUUUGAACAUUUUCAUUGCUUUUAUAACAUCUGAACUGAUUGCCCUUGAUGAAACCAAUAAUUUAAAUCAUUUAACAUAAUUGAAUAAAAAAGUCCCAAAAAAUAAACAAUUUGAAUACUGAUAGUUUCAGACAGCCAAUGUGUACAGUCACAGGAAACUGUAUCACGCAUCAAAAUUACAUUCUAACCUAAAGGGAGACCUGGGAUUUCAUCUAUUUAGAUGCAAGUGUUAGCAGUGUUUAUCGUUCUAUUCUAUUUAUCAUUAUGUUUUAUAUGCAUGUUUAUUGUCAUACAAUGUGUGCUUAUAUUUGCUAUUCAGUGAAAUUGGUGCCAUUUUUAUACCUUUUUAACAAUAACUCAGCAAUGAAUAACUACCAAACUUUACCAAAGUGUUAUAACAAAAAUCCUGUAACUUUUGACUUUUUUUGUGUUUCCAACUUCUCCUUGCUAUAGCUACUAGCAAACGUGCAUUUUAAAAGAAACAAAAAUAAGUCAACCCUGUUACUGUAAUAACUGACAUUAAUUCCAUUAAAAACACAUCAAGAUGAAAACUC